AUACAUCCUGCUCGAGCGGGAACACGGAAAGGAUAGCCUAGCGAUUGCUAACGGGAACCCUGUGAGAUUAGCCGGUGCUGUACAGCUAUUCACCUCGAAGCAUGGACUGGUUAAAUUCACCGGUCGUCCGGGACUCCGAGGUGACGCGAGCUGCACGAAGAAAAAGUUCCCACAAGAAGGUGGCCUUUCCUCUAGCUCAGGAUGACUCCCCAAUUCAUGCCAACACCCCAGGUGCUCGCUCUGUCCUGCGCCACACUCCUGGGUCCCUCCUUAAGCAAAGCUUCACCCCCAAGAGUGGUCUCAGGAACCCUGACGUGUCUGCCAUUUUGGGCACAGGGAGCCGGACGCCGAGGUUCAUCCACACGCCGCGUCCUGCAGGAAGUUUGAGCAUGAAUCUGGAUGACAGUGACUGGACCAACAGCUUGUACCCCUCCCCCCUAUCAGGCCUGGGGGACACCACCUUCACUGAAGACCUCAACAUGAGUGCAGUCAUGCUCAAAGAGGAGGACCCUGGGGAAGCUGCCUCUGUGAGCCUGUUCACAGACUUCCUACAGGCCUUCCUCAGGAACGCCUCCACCGCCGUGUUCGAUCUUCUGGAGGAGUAUGAGAACAUCUGCCAGGACAAGGUGUCCACUCUGCAAAAGCUGGUGCUGCGCUCAGCCCCUGGUCAGCAGAAAACCUCCAAGACGGCAGGGAUCUACUGGCUACUCCAGCAGGAGAUGGUCACAUGGCGCCUAGUCACCUCCCUUUACCGGGACCGUGUCCAGUCAGCUCUGGAGGAAGACAUCAUGAUGGAUGUAGCUGCCCCUAGUGUGAGUGAGAAGAUCAUAAUGGAGCAGCUGUUCCAGAGGGAUGAAGUUGUGCGGCAGAGUCAGCUUGUUGUUGACUGGCUAGAGAGUAUUGCCAGGGAUGAGCUGGGAGAUUUCUCCGACAACAUUGAGUUCUAUGCCAAGUCUGUGUGCUGGGAGAACACGCUGCAUGCUCUGAAGCAGAGACACACUCAGCCACAGACAGGCUUCAUGCGCCCACUGGUGACGGAGCUGGACCCCGACGCCCCCAUCAGGCAGAAGAGACCCCUCGCAGACCUGGACCGCGAGGACGACGCCCGCAUCCUCAAGAACCUCUUUACACUCAUCCGCGCGGGCAUGACCGAUGAGGCUCAGAGGCUGUGUAAGCGCUGUGGGCAGGCGUGGAGAGCAGCCACACUGGAAGGCUGGAAACUGUAUCACGACCCCAACAUCAAUGGAAAUGGAUCAGAGAUUCAACCUGUGGAAGGGAAUCCCCACCGCUGCAUAUGGAAGGCCUGCUGUUGGAGAAUGGCAGAGGAGGACCAGUUGAGCCGCUACGAGAGGGCCAUCUACGCAGCGCUCAGUGGGAACUUGAGACAGCUCCUGCCGGUGUGUGAGUCAUGGGAGGACACGUUGUGGGCUCACUUCCGUGUGAUGGUGGACACGCUGGUGGAGCAGGAGAUCCGCUCGUCCGGCAUGGGCACAGAGGACCUGGAGGAGCUGCCCAGAGAGUACCUGGAGGCCAACUGGACAAUGGAGAAGGUGUUUGAGGAACUGCAGACAACUGAGUCCAAGAGAGUCAUUGAGGAGAGCAGACAACACUACCACAACAUCCAGAAAAAUAUCAUUCUUGGAGAUCUAGACGGUCUGCUGGAAGAGUUCAGUGUCUGGUUAAACAGCAGUCCGUCGCUCCCCUCCCACCUGCUGCGCUUCAUGAGUCACCUGGUGCUGUUCUACCGCAGCCUGGGAAUGCAGCUCAAGGAGGAGAUCUCGGUGGACGUGCUGAAGGCCUACAUCGGGCUGCUGGUGAAGGAGAAGCAGAUCGAGCUGAUCGCCUUCUACGUGAGCCACCUUUCCUCUGAUGUCGCCGUCAGUCAGUACGCCAACUUCCUGGAGUCCGUGACCGAGACGGACCAGCGCAAACGCUGCCUGGAGCUGGGGCGCGAGGCUGGACUGGACGUGGCUGCGGUCACUAAGACGGUGGUGGAGACCGUCAGAGAACGAGACAGCCAGGAGUUCUCACACCACGACCUCACCCUGGACACGGCAACCACCGCUGAGGACAGGCAGAAGAUCGAUGUGAUUGAUUGGCUGGUGUUUGACCCCGCCCAGCGGGCAGAGGCCCUCAAACAGAGCAACGCCAUCAUGAGAAAGUUCCUGGCCUCUAAGAAGUACGAUGCCGCCAAGGAGGUCUUCGCUAAAGUUCCCGGGGACUCCAUGAAGGAAAUCUGCCGUCAGUGGGAGGAGCAAGGCAUGGACACGCCUCUCCCCGCAGAGGAUGAGAACGCCAUUCGUGAGCACCUGUGCAUCCGCGCCUACCUGGAAGCCCAUGAGGCGUUUAAUGAGUGGUUCAAGCACAUGAACUCGCCUCCUGUGAAGCCCACUCUGGCCGCGCAGGCCAAGUUCACAGAGAAGGUGGCGUUCGAGAUGAAGGAGAAGGACUACCAGAUGGAGCAUGACAACUGGCAGGGCCGACUGGAUGCCCUGACUGAAGAUGUGAAGGAGCAUAUCUACAAUGUGCUCCUGUUCGUGGACGGGGGCUGGAUGGUCGAUGUUAGAGAGGAUGCAGAGGAGGACCCAGAGCGAGCGCACCAGAUGUCUGUGCUGCGGAGACUGUGUCUGCCCAUGAUGGCCUUCCUCCUGCAGACCGUCCUGCAGAAGACCCAGCGCCACCAAGAGAACCUGCGUCUCGCCGACAUCAUCGCCUCCGAACAGCACCGCCUUUACGAGGUUUUCUCUAAGGAUGAGCUGCACAAUUUCUUGCAGAGGCUCAGAGAGUCUUCUCUUCUGCUACUGGAUAAAGGCCUGGAUCCGCUGGGCUAUGAGAUCCAGCAGUAACCUUCUUCUCAGUAUAUGGUCUUCGCUCUGAUUUUGGAUUGUGUUUCACAUUUGUAUGAAUGCAUUUGUUUGUGUUUUGUAAUAAAUAAAAGCUUUUAAGGCA